AUGUCGUUCAAAGUGGAGAUUCUUCCCGACGAAAAAGAUGUCUUCAAACAAAGCGACGACGAGUGCGAACAGCUGGCUAAAACCUUAAGACUCUCCAAACAAGUGUUCUUUGAUCUAGAGUUCCACGAUGUCAGCAGUAUUAUAACAAAGGUUAGAAACGCGACGGGCUAUUGGGUGUACAGUCGAACCCUUACCACGUGGUGCCUUCCCAGAGAAAUAGCCGAGCAAGAACAUGGCAAAUGGUGUCUUUAUGACGAUCCGUGGCCAUUUCAUGUUGGUCAAGGGACUAAUUUGGACAACAACUGGUUGAUUGCUGUGAUUCAGACGAUUGCGAGGAAAAGAGAGCUUUUAGAGCACAUUUUACCGAUGAGAGAUUAUACAAAAGAUUGUGGAAUUGUGCAGGUUAGAUUAUUCGUUGAUGGAAAAUGGCAAGUAAUAAAAAUCGACUUUUUUCUUCCUGCCGCUAAAGGGAAGUCGGCUACUGCGACAACGUACCGAAAUCAAUUUUGGGUUGCAUUCAUCGUUAAAGCUUACGCGAAGGUCCACAAUCAUUACGUCAAAAUGCUCGCAGGCAACGCGAAAGUAGCAUUUGAGUGUUUGACUGGAUACAAGAAAGCAAAUCCGGAUUUGAUGUGGAGACACCUUAUUGAAAAUUUAUCAUGCAGUCGUCUUAUGGUUGCCUCGACACCAUUAUUGCAAAAAGGUUCGGACGAGAAGAAAAUGUUAUACGAGAUGAAACUGAAAUGCGAUGAGACCUACUCAAUAUUGGAUUUCAAAACACAUGAUGACAAUCAAUUGAUUCUGAUUGGAUCUACUGGGACGGAUAAUCAUAAAAACGAAUUUCUGCCAAUUUAUAAAAUUCACAACAAGCUGUCAGCCGCCGAUCAACUGGAAGCAGAAAAACGAUUGUUUUGGUUCAGAAUUCAAGAUUUCAUUCGAUAUUUCGACUAUUUAUACAUUUGUGAAUACAAGGAGCCAAUGUUUGAGAAACGUUUUUUGCAGCAAGCCAAAAAAACUGAUUCAUGUCAAAGCGAAGUUCUAUGUCUCCACAUCAAAAAACGUCAGAAGAUCGCAUUUGAAGUUUGUAGUGCCGGAAUAGACGACAAGUACCGGCUACCAUUGAUUCUGAACAUUCACAGGGAGGCAACAAAUGACAAUUGUGGAGAAUUGAUUCAGUGUUUCUAUCAAUAUGACAUCCGACUUACGACUGAGCCCAUGUUUUUGGACCCUGGAACGUAUUCUCUGUUUUUCGUAUCUGAUCGAAAGUUUGCUGGUUUAUCGUUGAAAUGGCAUGUUAGAAGCCCGACGUCUUUGGAUAGUGUCGCGAUAUUUUUCAAUUUGUUCCCCCAAUCAGUUUUUAUCAAAAGUCUCCAAACUAUGAUUGCGAAAAAUGGGACGGUAGAGAACAACAAGAAAGAUAACAUAGUGAUUUACAAGUUGCUCAAAGAGAAAAAUGCUCAUUUUAUGAUGGAGAACUCAUCGGAAGCCAAUUAUGUUCGAGUGAAUAUGAACCUAUCCGAAAAGUGGCUUUCAAUACCACCAAUGUCGCGCUCGAUCAUCGCCAUCAUCCCAGUGUCCGACGCGGAAAAAUAUGAUGAUUUCAAGAUAAAAUACCAAAUCUGCUCGUGGUACAAGAACCCUCUCAACUGGUUCUAUGAUUCACCAGUUGACCAGUUGGAGUGCCCUAUACCGUUGAACUAG